AUGACAGACCUGUUGGCUGACUUGGGUGAUGGAAAGCGGGCAUGUGUGAUUGUGCCAAAGCUGGAUCUCAUGGAACAGUUCGCACAGAUAUUGGAGAAGAGACUCCCAGAUCGUCAGGUGUCCCGGGUAGGCACCGGAUUUCCGGCAAACCUGUCAGCAGAGGUUUUCCUGUGCGUUCGCAACUCGGCCUGGCAGCUGGAGAAUCUGACCCUUGACUUGCUACUGCUUGAUGAGGCUCACCACUAUGAACCUUUGUCAGGAAAUCCUGAUUCGCCAGCAGAAGAUGCCAACCUCACCGGUGGAAUCCAUGCCCGGCGCGUUCUGUCUCUCCAUACGCCCAAGCGCAUCUACUUCAGCGCGACGCUGCGGAAUGAGCCGGACUUCGACUUCGGCCUGCGGGCGACGAUCGAAGCUGGGGUGAUCGAGGAUUACACGGUGAUGGUACCCGUGCUGACUGAAGGAGCCUUUGGCGAGGAAGAUCCUUGCCUUUUGCAACACCGUCCAUGA